GUCCGAUGUCCCCCUCAUUUGAUGGUUGAAUAGUGCGGAUCCUUGUUCAUCUACAGUCACAUCCUGUACACUGUAGCUUAAUGGAGGGUUUUCCUGUCCACUGACCUAAUAGGCUGCCUUUCCGGACCAGCAGCCAUGUCUGCCUGCAGCACCUUUACAGAGCACGUGUGGAAACCAGGCGAGUGCAAGAACUGCUUUAAGCCGAAGAGUCUGCACUGUCUGGCUCAGAGUGGUGGUGGGAAACCUCCAUCUGAGCAAAGGCCUGCAUCCAAUCAGCAGCAGAUUCCUCCUCCUGUUGGGGCUAGAGCUAACCCCAACCUUAUUACACACUCCCAGAGGGCUGGUAGUGGAUCUGCACGCUCAGGACACUUUCGUCCACCUGUGGCCAAAAAACCCACCAUUGCUGUUAAGCCCACUAUGAUGCUGCCCUGCUCUUCUGCAGUGCUGGAUUCAGAUGGCAACCCACAGCAUCCAGUAAAUGCAACAGAGCAAGGCAAAACAUCGGCUUUUACUUUGUGCAAUCGCAAUGGACUCAACUGUAAGAGACCCAGCGGGCCAAGCAAUAACAACGAAGGCGAGGAAGGCAGCGAGGAGAUUGAGGGUUAUGGCCAUCUUAGCCCAAGGACUCCCAGUGGAAAUAACAACAGCGGAUUGACAGAUGUCCUUAAGGAGAUUGCUGGUUUGGGCCCUGACUGUUGCCCCACACCCCAAUCUGGAUCCAAGGACUUAUUUUGGGGACGAAUCAGUAGUUCAUAUCGAAGGUCCUUAGAGAGAGGCCUACCAGCCUCCAGCUGUCUGGCCAUAGGGAGCAGCAGCAGUGGUGGUGGUGGUGGUGGCGGCACUGCCCUAAAGAGAGUAUCCCUUAGUAAUAGUACCGAAAUCAUCAGCACAGAAGGUGGACGCUUCUGCUACCCAGAGUUUUCCAGUGAAGGUGAGGAUGAUGAUGAUGAUGACUAUGAGGAUGAAGAUGAGGAUGAAGACACUGACCAAGAUGAUGAUGAACAUGAGAGCUGGGAUGAAAGUGAUGAGGAGUUACUUGCCAUGGAGAUCCGUAUGCGAGGCCAACCGCGUUUUGCAAAUUUCCGCGCAGCCACGCUGUCACCUGUGCCCUUUGCUGCAGGGAAAAAAUGGAACACUGUGCCACUUCGCAACCGCUCCCUACAGAGGAUAUGCGCCGUGGACUAUGACGAUAGCUAUGAUGAGAUCUUAAAUGGAUACCCCUCAAUGAAUUCCAAUGGAAGUUUACUUCCCUAUGGUCCACGUGAUAUGCAGGGCAGUGCUUUCAUGUCAAACUCAGAGUCUACUACUUCUCCAGAAUCGUCAUCGUCCCUCCCAGAUUCUCAAACAACUUCGAGCAGUGGGGGCAGUGCCCACUGUGCUCUUAGAAACGGCUUACAAUCCCCCAAAUCCUGUAAGCCACCUGUCCCAUGUACCUCACCCACGAAAAAGGAGUCUGUCAGUAGAUCUAUCAGUCCUCUCAAGCAUGCUGAAACGCAUACGGCUGUUCUGGCCAUUAGGUUAGAGGACAACGAUCGCAGAGAAGGAAUGCCGAUGCCCAAAGCACUUCCAGGUCAACCCGUCACUAUAAGUUUUAGCCCCACAGAAGAGCAAGCAAAACCAUACCGUGUAGUAAAUUUGGAGAAAUCGCUCAUUUGUAAACCUUACACUGUGGUUGAUGUGUCUGCAUCCAUGGCUAGUAGGGAUGAGCAGUUCCCUGAUUCUUCCCUACAGCCCAAAAACCUUUCAAAGCCCACUAGCCCCACGUUAUUUAGCAGCACUUCCGUGGUCCAGCCCCUCUCUCCAAUGUCCCCGAUGUUCCCAUCUUCUCCGGUGAUGCCCACAUCGCCACCUUCUGCUGCUCUGUCCCCCCGAAAGAAAUCAGGCUGCGUUCGCUACCAGGAAGUGUGGACCUCAAGCACCAGUCCUCGACAGAAAAUACCUAAAGUGGAUCUGGCAGCUGGAAGUAAUCCUGGCCCCUCCAUCCCUGCCCAGUUCUGUAGUCACAAAUCAGCCCCUACAUCUCCCAUUGCUGGGCUGUCUUCCUCCCGAACUGUACCCGUGAAAUCCCCAAAUUUAUCUGAGAUCAAGUUCAACAGCUUUAAUAAUGCAGGCAUGCCUCCUUUCCCCAUUAUUAUUCGAGAUGAACCCGCCUAUGCCCGCAGCUCUAAAAAUGCUGUCAAGGUACCUAUCGUCAUAAAUCCAAGUGCAUAUGAUAACCUCGCUGUGUAUAAGAGCUUCUUAGGACUCCAUGGAGAACUUCCACAGGCAAAAGGGGUCGGUAGCAGGGUAACUAGCCACACCUAUGAGGAGAUUGGCUCUUCUGAGAGUGUCCAGACCUCAUCCACAGAGAAAACUCUUUCCGGUAGAGGCACAUCAACGCGAGCCUCAUUUGAGGAGAUUAAACUUUCCCCAGAAAAGGGGUCUAAAGCAGCAAAUUUGCAACCUAGAACCACUACAGAUUCCAGCACUGUAUUAAGCACUGUAAUGACCUCCACAGCUGGGGCCCUCUCUCCUUCUCUGUCAAUAAAUUGUCCUGCCAGCACUGCACACCAAACUAAAACCAGCCUUGCUGCUAACGCCGUCACACAUAAAACAGGUAGCGAUGCUUCUUGCAUUAAAGAUGACGAUACAAACUUGAGUUUUUCCUGUGGGACCGUGGUGGGACAUAGAGAGGAGGCCAGUGCUGUGCUCUCACAGAUUGUGGCUUCUAUCCAGCCCCCACAGUCCCCUCCAGAGUCACCCUCAGCACAGUCCAAGACUUUCAGUUCUGAAGAGCUUUACGCCCUCCCACCCGAUGCCAUGAAAGAGUCACCUCUUCGACCCAAGUCUCUCUUUUCCACCCACGAAGGCUGCCUUUCCAAGCCAAAGAAGGACAACACAUCAAAAGUUUUAUCAAAAUCCCAGAGUGCCUCUGCUGCCGUCCCACUCCCCAGUCCUAGGUCGGAGCCCAACCCCCCCUUUCCCCCUCCAAGGUCCACAUCUUCUCCUUACCAUGCUUCCAACAUAAUCCAGAGGCAUUUUGGUAACUGGACCAAGAGCUCAGCGUCCAGUUCCCCUCUACGACCCAGCGAAGGUGAAGCAAGCCCUGGUGGAGAGGGAAGACGUGUCCCAGCUGAAAGUGCCAAACCCAAACGCUGGAUCUCCUUCAAGAGCUUUUUCCGUCGACGGAAAGACGAGGAUGAGCAGAGGGAAAAGGCAGAGAAGGACAAGGAGAAAGGCAAGCUGGUCGGGCUAGAUGGAACGGUCAUCCACGUUCUUCCACCUCCACCUGCCCAGCAUCAGCACUGGUUUGCUGAGGCAAAACCAGAGGAUCCCACCCAAAAACCGACUAUUAUAUUCACAUUCAAGCCAGACACAAGCAGUAAUCCUGGCAACGGAGAAGGAGAACUACGAAUAGAGGAGUGCAGAGAGACUGAUAUACUAUCAACCCAUGAGAGCAAGGAAUCUGCUCCUCCGAGCCCAGGUCAGACUUCCAAAAACGCUGGAGGAGAUGUCAUCAGCAAGGACCCCAGCCAGCUGCCAGCCAGCAAUGCCAGGGACCGGGAGGUACCUACUGCCACGUCCCUGCCCGCCAAAGUCAAUCUGGGGCUGGUGUUAGGGGAGCGAGAGCACCGCCAUGCCAGCCCGGCUGUCCCCCCAGCCUCCGCCAGCGAGGGCAGCGCCAGCCUCGGAGAGCCGGAGGAGGACGGGAACCUCUCCCAUCACUCCCACUCUCCUGCCUCCAGCCUGUGCAGCGCCACCUACAGCAACCUGGGUCAAUCCAGAGCCAACAUGAUUCCCCUCAAACAGCCACGGAAUAUCAAAGCAUCCAAUGACACCUUAGCCUCCAUCGACUUUGACGGCUUCACUGACCAGCCAACGCCCAAAGCCACACCGCCGCCUCUGCCAAAGAAGGCUGUUCCUCGUUCCACCACUGAACCUGCCCUGGGGGUUAAGGAGCCCAUUAGACCCCGGGCCGAAGCUAAACCCGGAGGCACCAACCUGAGUGUGGCCAACCCGCUGUACGACUUGGACUCCACCUGGGAGACAGCCAGCCAGAGCUCCUCUCACAGCUCUGAGCCUCAUCGAGCCCAUGAGAGCGGGGACUCUUUGGAAAGGCCGUCAUCUAACACAGCCUGUAGCACGGGCCGUCUGGCAAACAGCGUGUCGUCCCUGGUGACCCCACCUGCACCUGCUACGCCCACUGCCACCGCUGGUCGGGAGAGGAAGGUGUUCCCAAGCACGGAGUCUCUGGCCGGAAGGGGUCGGACAGCCGGUCGAGGUGUCGGCGCUGCAGCAGCAGGGGGCUCCAAACCACAGAGACCUGCCCUGUACAGGGGGUUAGACACCUGGGAUGAAGUGGUGGGGAGAAUCCGGGGACUCCACACAGACACUCUGCGGAAGCUGGCUUCAAAGUGUGAAGACCGCUUCAUGGCUGGCCAGAAGGAUCACUUAAGAUUUGGCACCGACAGCUGGUCCCACUUCAGGCUGACCACUGGCAAACCAUGCUGUGAGGCGGGGGAUGCCGUUUACUACACCGCCUCUUACGCCAAGGACCCACUGGUCAACUACGCCAUCAAGAUCUGUCGGAGCCACGUGAAAGAGACCCAGCAGCAGUUCUUCCACAGCCUGGCAGUGAGGCAGAGCCUGCCCGUGCACUUCAACAUCCAGCAGGACUGCGGGCACUUCCUGGCCGAUGUCCCCACCCGCCUGCUCCCCUGGGUGGAGGACGUGGAGGAGGAGAAGGAGGAGAAAGAGGAAGAAGGAGAAAGGGAGCCAGAGGAAGAGGUUAAAUUGACAGACUCUAAAGCAUCUGCUCCAAACGGUAAACUAGAUGAAGCCCCGGCAGCGGGUAACAUGAACACCACGGGCCGCUUGAGGAGCCGAGUGGUGGUGAUUACACGGGAGGUGCCCUUCCAGACCGUGGCUGACUUUGUGAGAGAAGGCAUGGCCAGACACGCUCACAACCCAGAGCUGUACGAGCGUCAGGUCUGCCUGCUGCUGCUGCAGCUGUGCUCGGGCCUGGAGCACAUGAAGCCCUACCACGUGACCCACUGCGACCUGAGACUGGAGAACCUGCUGCUGGUCCAGUGCCAACCUGGCAACCCCUGGAACCUGGACGUACUUGAGCCCAACAACAACGGCGGCAGCAGCGGUGCGGGCACGACAGCUGCCAACGCCGCCGCCAACGCCACCUGCCCCGCCCGCCUCAUCAUCAGCAACUUCUCGCAGGCCAAACAGAAGAGCAACCUCAUGGCCACCGACCCCAGCGCGCUGCGCGACCAGUCCCGGCUGGCGCCCGAGAUCAUCACGGCCACGCAGUACCGCAAAUGCGACGAGUUCCAAACGGGGAUCCUCAUCUACGAGAUGCUGCACCGGCCCAACCCGUUCGAGGAGACGCCGGAGCUGAAGGAGCGCGAGUACACGUGGGCCGACCUUCCGCCGCUGCCGGUCAAGUCGCUCUACUCACACGGCCUGCAGCAGCUGGCCAGGCUCCUGCUCACAGUCAACCCCUCCGAGAGGAUCCGGAUGUCGGAGGCCCGGGCCUGCCUGCAGUGCCUUCUCUGGGGCCCCCGGGAGGACCUGUUCCAGGCGCUGGGCUGCAGCAGCACGGGGCCCGUGUCGGGGCCCACCGCCGGCCAGCGCGAAGCCACCCUGCAGAACUGGCUGGACCUGAAGCGCACGCUGAUGAUGAUCAAGUUCGCGGAGCGCUCGCUGGACGCGGCCUGCAGUGUGAGCCUGGAGGACUGGUUGUGCUGCCACUACCUGGCCUUCGCGUCCACAGAGACUCUGAGCCGGGUGGUGCACAUCCUGCAGCCGCCGCCCCACGCCCACGGCCAGCCCCCGCAGCCGCCGCCCAGCCAGGCCCAGACACACCUCACGCACACGGUCCACUUGGCUCAGUCACAGCCACUCUGACUUCCUCAGCCUGACUGUUACCAUGGCAACCGAUCCAACUCCCCCCCCCCCACGGUCCCUCAGCUGAUGCUAAAGUGUGAUGUAAUCUAACCAUUAACGCUGUCGCAGCCUCCGCCUCACAGAUGCCCGGGCAGGGAGACUCUGACUCUGACCUCAUGGUCACCACGUUCUCAAUUCAAAUCCCAAAAAACUCCUCAUCCUCACAUGCUGUGCGCAGUCCCAAUUUUGAAAAAGUAAACCCAACCUAGGGGUGUGAAAUGUAAGGAGAGAGGUGCAUUUGAAAUGAAGGGAAAAAGAAAUGCAGAUGUUUUUAAAUGAAAAAAACUGAGGUGGACAAUGUUUCACCAGAAAAGCCAAAGAUCAGCCACAAGCUGCCCUUUUGGAGAUACGUUGCCAGAUUUUUAUCAGAAAUGUUACUUUUCAUUGCACAGCACAGCUAGACAUGAAAGCUGGUUGAUUUUCAUACAGUUAAGCCCAAAGCUGGAGGCCGAGCAGUGUCCUCACAUCUCGUUUAGGCUUCAGAGCUGGUCCACCGGUCUGGUCACUCACCCGAGCAUGUGCAAUUGAUGUCUUUGUUUUAUUUCUUCCGGAGGCAACGGCUUAAGACCGUUUCCACACAGUCCUUUUUACUAAAUUCUCUCGUUUUGUGGCACAUAAACUGAUUCAUUUGAUAUCACUCCUGAAACUUCACAUGUAAAAAAAAAAAAAGGAAACCAGAGGACGGGAGGUCCCAGGGGCUGAAAAGAAGUUACUCUUCAUCUGUGGGUUUUUCAAACGGAUGACAAUUGCACUUUCAGUCCGGUCAAAAUGAGAAUGAAGACAGGAAGCGACUGAGAGAAGAGUCAUGUGAAUUCCAGGCUCUGGAUGUGGCUGGUCUGGCGAACACUCUUAACCUUGUCUCAUUCUCUCACCAAACUCACUCCUCUUCCAAUGGAACCACUUUGUUACACACCAGAGCUCUUUGUGCUCAAGACAGCCUCGAAGAGAGAGUGACCGCUCAACCACUGAGACUGGCUCCCCUUCCUCCUGCCUUGUUUCCCGUCCUCUUGCUGUAAUCCGGCCAAUCAGGCUGCCCGCCGGCCAGCCGACUUACCGAGUCAAAUAAAUGUUUGUUAUUGAUCAGAGCCUUUCGGCACGGAGUGGACGGGAGGAAGGGAGUCGCACUUUGGGAUCAGCGUCCUGUGUUUGUUUUAAUGCAAAUGUACAGCAGAAACUUGAUGGUCCACAGACUGACAAUGAGUCGCAGCAGAAGAGUUUGUUGCUGAGUGUAAGUGUAGUGAGGAAUGUGUGUGGGACAGCACUGGUGGCUGACCUUAUGUCCAGAGAUUUAAGCCUUUAUAUAUUAUAACCUUGUAUCUAUUUUAAUCCACACACUAUUUUGUUGAGUACAGAGCACCUCUAUUUCUCUCUUUAGAAUCUUAACACGCUUUUAUCCAUUACAGCUUUACUUGACUUUCUUCCACCUCGCAUGAUCUGAGGGAAGAAAAAGAUGAGUAGUCAUCACUGUCCUGCACAAAGGACAGAUAGGUAACAGCUAAACAAUGUACAGUGUUUUUACCCCUCUUGUAAAUGUACCCGUUUAGGAGAAAAACCACUUUGGCUGAAGGACGACUUUUGAACCCAGCAUUAAAAACCCAACACUCGCCAAUCAGAAAACAACUAAAUCGUUGCUCAUUUGACUUUUUUUGCCACUGAACCCAGAAAUACCGACGCCCUCUGUAUUCUUCGCUUAAGGAUGUGUACAGUUUGUCUCCUGACCUGCCGCCAGUUAUUGUUGAUCAAAUUAACCAAAUGUAACAGAACAAUAAAUAUAUGUUUUUAUAGAUA